AAAUGCGUUGCGGUAACACAGUCAGCGCGUGAACGCUGCAACGUAGCGCGUAGUAACGUGCGCGCGUGUGUGCGUGCGUGUAUGUGUGUGUGCGUCCGCGAGCGCGCGCGCGCGUGUCUCUUUAAGAAACACACUCCUGUUGCAUGGAGAGUCUGGUGUUUUUCCACUCACUCCGAUAUUACCCAUAUAAGACACGAAGGUCGGCGAGAGAGAGAGGGCGUGAAGAUUAUUUGUAGUUGCCUCGCCGAUCGCGCGCGCAGACAAACCCACUCUCUCUCUCUCUCACACACACACACACACACCGCACAAAGAAACGGCAGGACGAGAAGAGACUGAGAGACUGAGCAAUAAAUCCGGGGCACAGGAUUAUGAUGUCCUUCCUCUGAGCUGAACUUCAGCCUGGUUUUGACUCUGGUAAACUCACAGAAGCCUUGUGUUUUCCUGCCUUGGAUUAACCAUUGCCUGCUCCAGCCGUGUCGUUUUACCCUCGCUCUCACAGUAUAAACCAGUCCAAUAUGUCGAUCAUCAGCCACCAUCAGGCCGCCAUGGCUGAUAUGGCACAGAAAGAGAAGCUGCAGUGUCUGAAGGAUUUCCAUAAGGACACGCUAAAGCCAUCUCCGGGUAAAAGUCCAGGCACGCGUCCAGAGGACGAAGCAGAGGGAAAACCUCCACAGAGGGAGAAAUGGGCCAGCAAACUGGACUUCCUGCUCUCUGUAGCCGGCGGCUUUGUUGGAUUGGGGAACGUCUGGCGUUUCCCGUACCUCUGCUACAAGAACGGUGGAGGUGCAUUUCUCAUCCCAUAUUUCAUCUUCCUGUUUGGUGGAGGACUUCCCGUGUUCUUCCUGGAGGUGGCGCUGGGCCAGUUCACCUCUGAAGGAGGGAUCACCUGCUGGGAGAAACUCUGCCCCAUCUUCACUGGUAUUGGCUACGCAUCCAUUGUGAUUGUGUCCCUGCUGAACAUCUACUACAUCGUGAUCCUGGCUUGGGGUUUGUAUUACCUGCUGCAGUGUUUGCAGAGAGAGCUGCCGUGGGCGCGCUGUCGCCACAGCUGGAACACCCCCAACUGUGUGGAAGACACCAUCCGCAAGAACCAAACCCUCUGGCUCUCAGCCAAUGUCACCAACUUCACCUCACCCGUGACUGAGUUCUGGGAGCGUAAUGUGCUAAGUUUGUCAUCGGGGAUUGAUGAGGUGGGUGAGCUGAAGUGGGAUCUUGCCCUCUGUCUGCUCGCCGUCUGGGUCAUCUGCUUCUUCUGCAUUUGGAAAGGAGUGAAAUCCACUGGCAAAGUGGUGUAUUUCACUGCUACCUUUCCAUUCCUCAUGCUCAUCGUGUUGUUGGUGCGAGGAGUGACUCUGCCCGGUGCUGCCGAGGGCAUCAAGUUCUACCUGUACCCCGAUCUGAGCCGCCUCCAAGACCCUGAGGUGUGGAUCGAUGCAGGGACACAGAUCUUUUUCUCUUAUGCUAUUUGUCUUGGUGCAAUGACUUCUCUAGGAAGCUAUAAUAAAUAUAAAUAUAAUUGCUAUAGGGACUGCUUGUUGCUGGGAUGCCUGAACAGCGGGACCAGCUUUGUGUCUGGGUUUGCCAUCUUCUCCGUCCUGGGUUUCAUGGCGCAGGAGCAGGGUGUGGCCAUCGCCGACGUAGCUGAGUCAGGUCCCGGCCUGGCCUUCAUCGCGUAUCCAAAGGCAGUCACUAUGAUGCCACUGCCCACUUUUUGGGCUAUACUCUUCUUCAUCAUGCUUCUGCUACUGGGCCUAGACAGUCAGUUUGUAGAAGUGGAGGGUCAGAUCACCUCCCUGGUGGACCUGUACCCAUCCCUCCUAAGGAAGGGAUACCGGAGAGAGAUCUUCAUCGCUGUCAUCUGUGUCAUCAGUUACCUGGUGGGACUCACCAUGGUCACUAAUGGUGGCAUGUAUGUGUUCCAGCUGUUUGAUUACUAUGCAGCCAGCGGUGUGUGCCUUCUCUGGGUUGCAUUCUUUGAAUGUGUGGCAGUAGCCUGGGUUUAUGGCGCUGAUAAUUUCUACGAUGCUAUUGAGGAGAUGAUUGGCUACAGACCGAACGGUUGGAUGAAAUGGAGCUGGAUGUUGAUCACUCCUGUGCUGUGUGUGGGCUGUUUUGUGUUUUCUCUGGUGAAAUACAAACCCCUCACUUAUAACAAAGUGUACGAGUAUCCCGAUUGGUCCAUCGGAGUGGGCUGGUGUCUGGCUUUGGCCUCGAUGAUCUGCAUCCCCAUGGUGGUGGUCGUCAAAAUCAUCCAAUCGGAUGGUUCACUGAUUGAGCGGAUCAAGGCCGUGGCAGCGCCGGUGAAAGGAGCGAGCUCUCGUCCGAAAGAGUGCGUCCUGAAGAACAGCGAGCUGCUCCACCCGCUCGACCCUAAUGGCACUUACGCCCUCUCCAAACACACUCACACCAUCGUAGAAACUACAAUGUGAGACUCUCUAUGAGAGAACCGUGUUCCCUUUUCUCCUCUUUUAAAACUCU